AUGUCUCCAAUUGCUCCUGGUUCUGUAAAUGCUGCAUUCCGUUCAUCUAAGAACAAUGAAGCCUACAUAUUCAUCAACAAUGAGUAUAUAUUGGAGGAUUAUGCUCCCGGAUCAUCGCAUGACAAAAUUCUGAAGGGACCAUUACUUAUUUCUGAUGGGUUUCCAUCACUCAAGGGCACACCAUUUGGAGAUCAUGGCAUAGAGUGUGCCUUUGACACUGAUGGUACUGACGCAUUCAUCUUCUCCGGUGAGCUUUGUGCUUUAGUAGACUACGCUAAACCAGGUGAUGAGUACAUGAUGCUUGAAUCAGGGCCAAUCUAUGAAAUGUUUCCUCGCUUGAAGGGCACCGCGUUCGAGAAAAGGAUCAACGCUGCAUUCCGGUCAAGCCUAAGUAAUGAAGCUUACAUCUUCACAGGAGACCAUUACGCUCGUAUAAACUAUGCUUCCAAGAAGGUGAUCUACACCGAUGCCAUUAAAAAUGUGUGGCAUUGUUUGGUAGGCACGAUCUUUGAAAGUGGAAUUGAAGCGGCUUUUGCUUCUCAUAGGACUGAGGAAGCUUACUUCUUCAAAGGAGAUCAGUAUGCACGUAUCAAGUUUACUCCAGGCAAAAAUGAAGACUACGACAUUAUUGAUAAAGUCAAGCCUAUCAAACCUUCUUGGAACGCUCUUGGUGACCUCUUGGAACGCAAGAACAGUACCAAGGUUUGA